GGAAAAGAAAACACCAGUCUUAGAAGAACAGAGUUGUCAGCAAAAACCGUUCUCCGACGAUUAUCGUGAAAUGGGAUCAGAGCCACCCUCACCUCCGCAGGUGAUUGAUGAAGGAGGAGAUGAGGAGGAUGAAGAACUGAGCGGGGGAGAGGAGGCAGACCUAAGGGUGUCUUCAGGUCGGGGGUCUCUGCUCACUAGGAGAGGCAUAACCCUGCGGGUGCUCCUGAAGGAUGGUCUAGUGGAGCCAGGCGACGGGGUGCUGUCCAUACACUACCUGGGCAAGAAGUUUGUGGGGGACCUGUUGUGUGAUGGGAAGAUUCGCUGGGUGGAAACUGGGCAGAUUUUCAACUCUCCGAGCGCCUGGGCGACACAUUGCAAGCGACUGGUCAACCCUGCCAAGAAGUCUGGCUGCGGAUGGGCCUCCGUGCGAUAUCGGGGCCAAAAGCUGGUGCAGUACAAGACCAGCUGGCUGCACAAAUACCAGCCCAGUGCUGACAUGAGCCUAGCGAGCGAGGGAGAGGAUGAUGACAUGGGAGACGAGGAUGAAGAGGAGGGGAAAGCGACUGUGCAGACAGAGGAAAAGAACAGGAAAUCAAAGCCAGAGCUUCACGACAUCAGCUUAGUACAGCGGAGAGGAGACAGGGACAGAGUUCCAGUCAGAUAUUGUACACUGGGCACAAGAGACUCCGCAAGGGACCCCCACACGCUGGUGGAGCUUUCUGCGUUCUCUGCCAUCAACCGGUUUCAGCCUUUUAACGUGGCCGUGUCCAGCAAUGUUCUGCUCCUUAUGGAUUUCCACUGUCAUUUGACGACCAGUGAGGUGGUUGGCUACCUGGGUGGAAGAUGGGACACAAACACACAACUGCUGACAGUCUUGCGGGCGUUCCCAUGCCGUACAAGAUUGGCUGACAGAGACUCAGCUCCCGCCGUUGAGGAAGAGAUUUGUCAGAAUCUGUUCAUGCGAGGGCUGUCGUUAGUGGGCUGGUACCACAGCCAUCCGCGUGGGCCCGCUCUUCCGUCCCUGCAGGACAUCGACUCCCAGAUGGACCAUCAGUUACGGCUGCAGGGAAGCAACAAUGGGUUUCAGCCCUGCCUUGGCAUCAUCUGCGGGCCCUAUUACCAUGGCAACCAAGGCGUGGCUUCAACCAUUACACCAUUCUGGGUUGUCCCUCCACCUGAGCAACGACCAAAUGACUACGGCAUCCCAGUGGCGGUGGAGGUGACUUACGUACAGGACAACUUCCUCACUACCGAUGUGCUCAAUGAGAUGAUGCUGCUGGUGGAGUUUUAUAAGGCUGCCCCUGACCUGGUACAGUUCAGUCAGAUGUGGAGUCCAGAUACUACAAUACUAGACAAAAUCAAGGGCUCUCUGAGCGGACAUGCACCUAAGGACCAGGCCUAUUCCCAGAUUCUGGAGCAUGUGUAUAACCAGCUGCGUAACACACACUGA